GUCUGGCUUCUCCCUGAGUUCGCCGUUUUCUGCAGACCCGGAAGCGGAUCGCGUGGAGUGAAGGUCACAUCGCGGCGCGAUUGACUUCUAAAGACUCAGUUUCGUGAAGAAGAAGCCUGGAAGAGGAGGAGGAGUAAAGAAAGGGAAUCAGGAAUGGCUCUUACUCAGAGUUCUUUGACAUUCAGGGAUGUGGCCAUAGAAUUCUCUCAGGAGGAGUGGAAGUGCCUGGACUCUGCUCAGAGGACUUUAUACAGGGAUGUGAUGUUGGAGAACUACAGGAACCUAGUCUCCCUGGCAGAAAUCUCUGUUUCUGAACUGAGUGUUAUCUCCAUGUUGGAGCAAGAGAAAGAGCCCUGGACUGUCGAAAGCCAAAUGAAAAUAGCAAGAAACCCAAAUGGAUGGGAAUGCAUCAAAGGUGUGAACACAGCCCUGAGAACUACCAUUCUGCUUUCUGUUUCUACAUUUUUGACUGUUUUAGAUACCGCAUAUAUCACUCCUAAAUGUGUGACCAACGAAUUACCAAUGAGAGUGAACAGUAAUACAAGAGAACUAUUCCAAACACUUAUGUUGGAAAGACAAGAAAGCCAUGACAUUGAAGAUUUUUGCUUCAGAGAAAUCUGGAAAAAUACACAUGACUGUGAAUAUCAGUUAAGGAGAGAUGAUGAAAGACAUUACAAAGGAGUGUAUAUAACCCAUAAGGAAAAUCUCACUGGUGGAAGAUAUCAGCAUGGUAGAAGGGAUUCAGAAAAUGAGCCUAUUAAAAAUCAGCUUGGAUUAAGCUUUCAGUCACAUUUGCCCGAACUACAGCUAUUUCGAUCUAAAGGGAAUAUUUAUGAAUGUAAUUACAUUGAGAAGUCAAUCAACAAUGGUUCUUUAGUUUCACCACCCCAAAGAAAUCCUUCUCAUGUCCAAACCCACAUUUCUCAUAAAAUUGAAAAUGAUUUUUUGGAUUCUUUUUUAUUCACACAAGAACAGACACCAUACAUGAGGACAAAACAUUACAAUUAUAAUGAGUGUGAAAAGACCUUUAAUCAAGGCUCACACCUCACACUACAUCAAAUAACUCAUACCAGAGAGAAACAGUUUAAAUGUGAUAUAUGUAACAAGGUUUUCGGUAAAAAAUCAAACCUUGCAAGUCAUCAGAGAAUUCAUACUGGAGAGAAACCUUACAAAUGUAAUGAAUGUGGCAAAGUGUUCAAUCAUAUUUCACACCUUGCGCAACAUCAGAGAAUUCACACUGGAGAGAAACCUUACAAAUGUAAUGAAUGUGGCAAGAUGUUCAAUCAAAUAUCACACCUUGCACAACAUCGAAGAAUUCAUACUGGAGAGAAACCUUACAAAUGUAAUGAGUGUGGAAAGGUAUUCCAUCAAAUUUCACACCUUGGACAACAUCAGACUAUUCAUACUGGAGAGAAACCUUACAAAUGUAGUGAAUGUGGCAAGGUCUUUAGUCGCAAUUCAUACCUUGCACAACAUCUAAUAAUUCAUACUGGAGAGAAACCUUACAAAUGUAAUGAAUGUGGUAAGGUCUUCAAUCAUAUUUCACACCUUGCACAACAUCGGAGAAUUCAUACUGGAGAGAAGCCUUACAAAUGUAAUGAAUGUGGCAAGGUCUUCAGUCACAAGUCAUCCCUAGCAAAUCAUUGGAGAAUUCAUACUGGAGAGAAACCUUACAAAUGUAAUGAAUGUGGCAAGGUGUUCAGUCGUAAUUCAUACCUUGCACAACAUCUGAUAAUUCAUACCGGAGAGAAACCUUACAAAUGUAGUGAAUGUGGCAAGCUGUUCAGUCAGCAUUCACAUCUUGCAAGUCAUCGGAGAAUUCAUACCGGAGAGAAACCUUACAAAUGUAAUGAAUGUGGCAAAGUCUUCAGUCAAAAUUCUUACCUUGCAUAUCAUCGGAGAAUUCAUACUGGGGAGAAACCUUAUAAAUGUAAUGAAUGUGAUGAGGAGACCCUAAGCAUAAUAUGUGGUUUUUUUCAACUCACAUCACACUAAGUGGCAGCAGCAGACUCUGAACCUGUGUUGUCUGACUGCAAGGAGAAGUCUUAACUGUUACAUUACAUGAAGAAAACUAGUCGUUUGCUUUUCCAGUCUUCAACAUCUGUAUUUACUUUCGCUGAUGUUCACUGCCAUUUUAAAUGGUUUUAUCUUUUUAGAUAAUUGUGAUUGUGGGUACUUUUAUAGUUAUGUGUAUAAAUGUUAUGGACUCAAAUUAUCUUUGAAUAAAAAUUAAAUGCAAAUAAAAUUAUUAUAUACUGGUUACCAUAUAAAUCCUAUAAGAAAGAUUAUCCCAGGAGCAUGUGAUGAAUAUAUUGGGUCAAGAAUGUGUUAAUAUGAUGGUAACUGUAUGAGUCCAUUUCUGGUGCUUAUAACUGAAUGCCUGAAACUGUGUAAUUUAUUUCUUACAGUUUGGAGGCUGGGAAGUUCAUGGUCCAGGGGUGCAUCAGUAAGGGCCUUGUUCUUAUGACUCUUAGGGAUGUCAAGGGAUGUGGAGUGUCACAUGGCAAAUCGUUGAGCAAGAGAGAGCUAACCUCCUCACUUGCUCUCCUUUUAAAGCUAUCAAAACCUCGCCUCUCACCAACCAUUAAUUCUUUCACAAGAGCAGUCCCUACAAUCCAAUCACCUCUUAAAAAGCCCCACCUUUCAAACACCAUGAUUGGAUUUCCCACCCUUUAACACUGUUACAGUGGGGAUUAAGUUUGUAACACAAGAACUUUGGGGUGAAAUAUUCAACCUAUAGCAGUGACAGAUAUAUAUUUGUUCCUAUGCCAGGAAAGGAGUAGAAUGAUAGAACCCAUGGAAAUCUUUGUACCAUAAUAUGGAAUAAGCUACAAGUUUUGAAACACAUAUGAGACAAAGCAGUGACAGAUUUAUCUUGAAUUUUUGAUUACAUAUGUAAUUAAUUAUGAAGGAGGAUGAACUGAAACUUUAUUAUAAUCAUUGAAAUAUACUCAAACAUAAUACAGAUAUCCAAAAUGGUACUGAGAAGGCCCAGCAUCAUGUACAUUCAAUUCAUUUUAAUAGUAGAUUUCUUGUGAACUUAGGGUUAUAUUAAAAUGUUUUUUUAAAUGAAAUAUAUCUCAAGAUACAUCUCAGCCUGCAAACUGCCAAGUCCCAGAUUUUUUUUUUCUGAAACUCAGAAUCAUGUUAACUUUCCCUCAUGUAGUUGUUGCCUAAUUUUUGGUGGGAUAAUUAUUUCCCCAUAAUCCAAAGACUAUAGAUUUCUUUUGUGUAAAUACAAUUACUGUGUCCAUUAAACUCAUUGUAGCCAUCACCUCUCAUACGUUCAGUCAUUGUACAGAAUUGUGUUAUUCAAUAAAUUAUUUUUAUUAUUACAUGAAGAGGUUUUUUACCAACACCUGUUAUCCUGAAAAAAAUAUUUGUGAUUUAUGUAGGAUGGAUGUAUUUCAGAAGUAAAAUUACAGAGUGACUUAAUAUCAGGUUAUAUUUCUAUUAGGAUAAAACAUAAACCAUAACCAUGAAUGUGGAUUACAUUAAAUUACAUUAAGAGGCAUCAGAGAUUUGUAUAAAGUUGAGUACCUACAGUCUUUCUCCACAAGCACAAAAAAUACCCCAGGAAUUAUUCUUAUAACCCUGGGGACAUCUGCACCAGUUUCUACUAAAAAGAAUCCUAUUUCCAACAUCAGCACCUCUCCAGGUUCCUGACAUACUGUUUCCCUUGACAGCCUCUCAGAAUGAAAAAGGAAAUACUCACAUGCUCCUUCCUCUGGUAUGAUGGUGGACUCACUGAGAAGGUCCCAACAGCCAGUAUGUGUGAGAGGGAAAUAUCCAGGACCUGAGCUAAAGGUUUGUGAUUAUAUGACCUCAACUUGCCCCAGAACCAGAACCAUCAUUUCAGCUGUAGCAACAAUGACAUAGUAUAGUGCAUGCUAUGAGAGCUGACAAUAUCUUAUAACAAUAUAUUCCAUUUUUCAAAUACUGGAAACAAUUACAAGUGUCUAAUAAGCAUUUUUUUAAAAAACUUGCAGUUUUGGGAAGAGCCUUGUUUAUUUCCAUGGGCUCUGGAGAAAAACAGGUUCCCAUGCAGACAGAGAGCAGAAAAUGGUGAUAUUUGAGUUAUGAGGGACGUGCAGCAAAGUGUGCAUCCCACUGGAUCUUCUGUUUCCCUGAGAGUUUACUUCUAUAAAGAAAUCAAAUUAUUUUCUAAGUCAGACCCCAGAUUUCAGAUCCCUUCUAUAUUAAGGGAGGAGAAAUAGGAUGACAUGAAGAGACUAAGAAUAAUUGUUUAAUGGGGUAAGACUGCAAGGAAAAACAUGAUGUCAAGAAUUGAUUUUGAAAAACAUUAGGUGGCCUAUUAUAAGUAAAUGUGUGAACAGGUAAAUAAAUGGGGAGAAGAGACAAAUCUCCCAUGUAGAAGAAUUUAGCAUAGUUUAUGUCAGUACUCCACUCUUAAGGAGGUGGGAAAUAACUCCCAACUCCUUAAGUGUAGACUGUGUAUAGUUAUUUCCUUUUAAAAGAGUACAGUAUUUAGUAGGGGAGAAAAGAUCAACUUUAGAGGGGCGAAACCUGACAAACACAACUUUAGCCAGAUGAUCAAGGUCAACAUCAACAGUGAUAUGUCAUGUUGACAGUGUGAGCCCUUGACAUGAUAUGGUAAACACAGAACCUUUUCUCUGUGGUCUUUCACAGAGCAUCUAACUCCAGUCUAAUCAUGAGAAAAACAUCAGACGUGUCCCAGUAAAGUUGCUUUCACCAGUAAAAGCAAAAACUGCUGCUGUAUCUGACCAGCACACCUCAAAACUAUCAAGUUAAUCCAAUACAAAGAAAGUCUGAAAACUGUCGAAGCCAAGAGGAACCUUAAUAGACAUGACUGCUAAUUGGAAUGUGGCAUCCAGGAUGAAAUCGAGGAAGGAUAAAGAACAUUAGUUAUAAACUGAAGAAAUCUGAAUAAAGAAUGAAUAGGUUAAGAAUAAUGUAUCAGUAGUGGUCUGCUAAAUAUAAGAAAUGUACCACACUAUUCUAAAAUGUUAAUGAUAGAAACUGUACAGGGCUUAUGAGAAUCUGUACUAUCUUUCUAAUGCUUUUUCUGUAAACCUAAAACUUCCA